GUCGGUCGCUUCCGGGAGCGGCCGCGUCGCCCAGCGCCUUCCUCUCUAGCCGCCGUCGUCUCUGUGGUCGCCAGGGCCCCGCCCCUCCUGGGCCGGCCGCGCGCUGCUUGGACUCUGCCCGCCGCUGACCUCGGGGCCGCCAGGCUCCAGCGUCGGUCGGAUCCCUGGUCAUGGUGGUCCGGGGGCCUGCGCCCGGAGCUGGCGCCAGGCCUAGGUUAGAUCUGCAAUUUCUCCAGCGGUUCCUGCAGAUACAGAAGGUUUUGUUUCCCUCUUGGUCAUCACAGAAUGCCUUGAUGUUCCUGACCCUUUUAUGUGUGACCCUACUGGAACAACUGGUGAUCUACCAGGUUGGCUUGAUCCCCAGUCAGUACUAUGGGGUCCUGGGAAACAAAGACUUGGAUGGGUUUAAGACCCUGACAUUCCUGGCUGUCAUGCUCAUCGUUCUCAACUCCACGCUGAAGAGCUUUGACCAGUUCACCUGCAACCUGCUCUAUGUGAGCUGGAGGAAGGACCUCACCGAGCACCUCCACCGCCUCUACUUCCGGGGCCGCGUGUACUACACCCUCAACGUGCUGCAGGAUGACAUCGAUAACCCGGACCAACGCAUCAGCCAGGAUGUGGAGCGAUUCUGCCAGCAGCUCAGCAGCAUGGCCAGCAAGCUGAUCAUCUCCCCCUUCACCCUCGUCUACUACACUUACCAGUGCUUCCAGAGCACUGGCUGGCUCGGGCCCGUGAGCAUCUUCGGGUAUUUCCUCCUGGGAACCGUGGUCAACAAAACCUUGAUGGGGCCCAUUGUGGCGAAGCUGGUGCAGCAGGAGAAGCUGGAGGGGGAUUUUAGGUUCAAGCACAUGCAGAUUCGGGUGAAUGCUGAGCCUGCUGCUUUCUACAGAGCUGGGCACGUGGAGCACAUGAGGACAGACCGCAGGCUGCAGAGACUCCUUCAGACGCAGAGGGAGCUGAUGUCCAAGGAGCUCUGGCUGUACAUCGGUGUCAACACCUUUGACUAUCUGGGCAGUAUCCUGAGUUACAUUGUCAUUGCCAUCCCCAUUUUCAGUGGGGUCUAUGGAGACCUGAGUCCCACAGAGCUUAGCACCCUGGUCAGCAAGAAUGCCUUCGUGAGCAUCUACCUCAUCAGCUGCUUCAGCCGGCUCAUCGACCUCUCCACCACGCUCUCAGACGUGGCUGGGUACACGCACAGGAUUGGGGAGCUUCAGGAGACCCUGCUGGACAUGUCCUUGAAGUCACAGGACUGUGAGACCCUGGGCGAGAGCGAGUGGUGCUUGGACAAGGCCCCGGGGUGGCCGGCAGCACAGCCCGCAGACACAGCUUUCCGCCUUGAGCGGGUCUCCAUCUCGACCCCCUCCUCCGACAAGCCCCUCAUCAAGGAUCUGAGCCUGAAGAUCUCCGAGGGGCAGAGCCUGCUCAUCACGGGCAACACGGGCACUGGCAAGACCUCCUUGCUGCGGGUCCUGGGCGGCCUGUGGGCGAGCACAGGGGGCUCGGUGCAGAUGCUCACGGACUUUGGGCCCCACGGGGUGCUGUUCCUGCCACAAAAGCCGUUCUUCACUGACGGGACCCUCCGGGAGCAGGUGAUAUAUCCCCUGAAGGAGAUCUACCCGGACUCAGGUUCUACGGAUGAUGAGAGGAUCAUGAGGUUCUUGGAACUGGCGGGCCUGUCCAGCUUGGUGGCAAGGACAGACGGUCUGGAUCAGCAGGUCGACUGGAACUGGUAUGAUGUCCUGUCCCCGGGGGAGAUGCAACGGCUCUCCUUUGUCAGGCUCUUCUACCUGCAGCCCAAGUACGCAGUGCUUGACGAAGCCACCAGUGCCCUGACAGAGGAGGUGGAGAGCGAGCUCUACCGCAUCGGCCAGCAGCUGGGGAUGACAUUCAUCAGUGUGGGACAUCGGCACAGCCUUGAGAAGUUUCAUUCCUGGGUUCUGAAACUCUAUGGCGAAGGAAGAUGGGAACUGACCAGAAUCAAAAGGGAAUGAAGCCAAGGAUGUGCACGGCCACUGGAAGGAGAGCCGCGCUCCAGGCACGUCGGCAGUCCCCAGGCGAGACCAGGACUGCUGGGGGAGGGAGCAAGCCCAGGCUGGCCACGCAGGGCCUGUGCAGGACUGGCCGCCGUGGGCUCAGCCCAGGUGUGGGCCUCUGUGGGGGACUCUGAGCCUCCCCAGGGCUCCUCCUGCCACGCAGCCGGAGCCUCCAUAUACUUGAAAUGCUGAUCACUUACAAAUUAGUUCGGAUCGUGUUUGCUAAAGAGAAAUCUGAAAGUGUGGGAUCUGUAAGAAAUGAAGGGUCAGGGCGGGAAGGGUGUUGGACUUGGAGACAAGAGAUCCAAAAAUCUUUUACUAUUAAAUUAGUUAAAUUUUGCAACAAUAGAUUUUUAACUUUACCUAACCAUUUAAAUUUUAUCACUUUUUUAAAAAGAAAAGUUAAACAUUAAAAAAAUUUG